AUGCUUUUUCUUCAUCAACUUAAAGUUCUUUUAUGGAAAAAUUAUAUUCUCAAAAAACGAAGUCCUUUUGUACUUCUAUUCGAACUUAUUAUUCCAUUAGUUUUAUUUCUUGUAAUGACUGGAAUAAGAAAAACUCAACAAGCAUCAUUUAAUCUUCAAACUAAUUAUACUUCGAAUUUUCUUGAUCAUUCAUAUCGUCCAAGACCAUUUCCAUCAACAGGAGUUUUUUCUAUUCUUCAAUCUUUUUGUCCAAAAACAGCUCCAAGUAAUGAGCAAGGUUUUAGUGUUUUUCCAAAUGGAACAUCAUCAGAAAUGUUAACAACAAUCGAUCGAAUAUCUCGUACAAAUCCAUUUUUUACUCAAAAUUUUUCAAUGUUUGAUGUUGAUUCAUUACCUGAUAUGUACGAAACAAUGAUAGAUCGUCCUGCAUUUAUUUAUGAUUCUGUAGCAAAUUUAACAUAUACAUUUACAAAAAAUUUAACAACAAUUUGUUCAUUUUUUGUUAAUCAACUUAAUUAUACCUAUCAACAAUGUGAACUUAUAUUUAAUAAUACAAAUAUCAAUAUAACUCAAGUACCGAGUCUUUUUCCAUAUUUAAUUCACAAUCGUCCAAUUCGGGAAAAACGUGAUAUUGAAGAUGAUUUCGAUAUGGCUGAUUAUAUUUCAAUUUUACAAACAUCACUUGGACCCUUAGAAUUUCUUCAAGCAACAAUGUUGAUUGUAAAGAUAACAUCACAAAAUUCAUUUGCAAAUUUAACAAACGAUGAACUUCAUUUAUUAGCUAAAAUUAUUAAAAUAAUACUUUUUCAUCCAACGACCUUAAAACAAGUUUUUUGUUCAGUAGAAAAAUUUAAUUUAAUUUUUCCUACGAAUUCAACAACACUUAAUCAAACGGAUAUACAACAACGAUUAUGUAAUAUGACUGAAGCACAAUAUCAAAAUUUAUCAAGUCUACUUAUGAAUUCAAUAUCAGAUGAUGAACUUCUUCAAGUGUUACAACUGGAUCAUGUACAACUAUCAACAAUGUUGCUUCAACUUGAUGAUUAUGCCGAUAAACUUGAAAAAUAUGCAAUGUUUGAACAAGGUUUAAAAGAUUUAUAUGAUGUUGCAAAACUUCUUCGAACUAAUUCUUGUUAUAUUAAUACACAAAAUAAUAGUGAAGCAUCAACACCACAACCACCAUCUGCAGAAGCUUUAUCUGGCAAUGUGGAAUCGGUGGCAAUGAAUAAAUUAAAAAAUAAAAAAGGAUUUUUUCCAUUAUGGCUUGGUAUGCAAGAAGCUAUAUGUGGUAUUAAACCAAAAGUAAAUGUGAAUUCAAAUGGACAAACAAAUGACGAAGAUGAUCAAUUACCUGAUCUUGCGGAAUUGGGUAUAUCGGAUAAUCAACAACGACAAUUAGGUCUUUUAUUUUAUGUUCUCUAUGGAAAUUCAAUGAUUUUAUAUUCACCAAAUUCGUCAUUAAUCAAUGGUGUUAUAUCAAAAGCAAAUUCAACGUUUGUUCUACUUGAUACAAUAACAAAAUAUGCACAUGAAUGGACAAAUGUAUCAAAUACUCUUAAAACAUAUUUUCUUGCUAAUGGUACCGAAAAAAAAGUUGAAUCGCUUAGACGAAUGAAAUUGUUUCUUCAACAAUACGGUCCAUUAUUUCAUUCACCAGCAAUGAAUAAAAUUGUAAAUAUUCUUAAAAAUUUAAGUGAUCCUUCAAUUGACAAUUAUAUGAAACAAAUAACAACAAUUGAUAAAGCUGCAUGCAGUUGGAUAAGUCUUAUAUCAGGAAUUAAUUUAAAUGUCUACAAAGGUUUUGCUGAUGAAAAUGAUUUAGUACAAUAUUUUUUACAUCGAGCAUAUCAUGAUAAUUACACUGUUUUAGCAAGUGUAGUUUUUACGAAUGUAAAUAUAAAUGAUACAAAAUUACCACCAAAUACAAUAUAUAAAAUUCGACAAAAUGCAUCUUUAACACCAUCAACAAAACGUGUUAGAGACCGAUUCUGGGUACCAUCACCAGCACAAAAUGGUUUUAUUUAUUAUGAUUUUGGAUUUAGUUGGGUCCAGGAAGUAAUUGAUCGUUCUAUAAUUGAUACUCAAGUUGGUCGAUCUGUAGUUGAACCUGGUUUAUUCUUUCAAGAAAUGGCAUAUCCUUGUUAUACUUAUGACAAUUUUCUUCAAAUGAUUCAACAUGCACUUCCUUUAUGUUUAACAAUAUCUUGGGUAUAUGCAUUUGCUAUGUUAACUCAAAGUAUAGUUUAUGAAAAAGAAGUUCGAUUAAAAGAAGUUAUGAAAAUCAUGGGUUUAAGUAAUGGUGUACAUUGGGUAGCUUGGUUUAUAACAAUAUUUAGUCAAACAACAGUUGUUAUGGUUGCUGUAACAAUUAUUUUACAUUAUGGCAAAGUUCUUAUGCAUUCGAAUGCAUUUUUAAUAUUUUUAAUAUUUGAAAUUUAUGCACUUUCAACAAUAAGUCUUGCAUUUCUUGUUAGUGUUUUUUAUUCGAAAGCUAAAAUAGCAGCAGCUUGUGCAGGAAUUAUUUAUUUAUUAACAUAUGUACCAUGUAUGUAUAUAUCAAUCAGAGAAGAUUUAGCACAAGAUACAAUACCGAAAUGGGCAAAAAUGUUAGCGUCAUUAUUUUCUACAAGUGCUUUUGGUAUGGGAGCUAAAUAUAUAGCAUUUUAUGAAAAUAUUGGUACAGGAAUACAGUUUGAUAAUAUUCGUUAUAGUCCAGUAGAAGGUGAUAGAUUUACUUGUUUUGAAACUGUACUUUUUAUGUUAUUGGAUACAUGUAUACAUCUUAUUCUUAUGUGGUAUAUUGAAAAUGUUUAUCCGGGUACAUUUGGAAUACCAAAGAAAUGGUAUUUUCCAUUUACAAUAAGUUAUUGGACAGGAGAAUCAUAUAAUGAACCAAAUUGGAUGACAAACUUUCGAAAAACAAAAAUAUUUAAUUGGUUUAUAUGUAAAAAACAUCAUAUGUCAUAUCAAUUCCAUUGGUCAUCAUCAUCUUUAAAUCAAAUGACAAAUGAUUUGAACCGAAAUCAAAGUUAUUUUGAACAUGAUGAAAAUUCCAAUCAACAAACAAUUGGUGUUCGUUUAAUAAAUUUAACAAAAAUAUUUGAUAAAAAAAAAUUUGCUGUACAAAAUUUAUCAUUAGAUUUGUAUGAAGGUGAAAUACUUUCAUUUCUUGGACAUAAUGGUGCUGGAAAAACUACAACUAUGUCAAUUUUGACCGGUCUUAUACCUGCUACAUCUGGAACUGCAACAAUCUAUGAUCAAAACAUUAAUGUUGAUAUGGAUAAAAUACGAAAAAAUCUUGGAUGGUGUCCACAACAUAAUGUUUUAUUUGAAAAAUUAACUGUUGAAGAACAUUUAUUAUUUUUUUCCAAAUUAAAACAAGUACAAAGUAAAGAAAUGAAAAAAAUGAUUGAAAAUAUGUUAUUUGAUAUUGGUUUAACAUCAAAACGUAAUGCUACAGUUUCAACAUUAUCCGGUGGAAUGAAAAGAAAAUUAUCUGUUGCUAUGGCUUUUGUUGGUGAUGCAAAAACAAUCAUUCUUGAUGAACCAACAGCUGGUGUUGAUCCUUAUGCACGUCGUGCUAUAUGGGAAUUAUUAAUAAAAUUAAAACAAGGACGUACAAUAUUAUUAAGUAGUCAUCAUAUGGAUGAAGCUGAUGUACUUGGUGAUAGAAUUGCAAUUAUUUCAAAUGGACAAUUAAAAUGUUGUGGAACAUCAUUAUUUCUUAAAACAACAUUCGGUGAAGGUUAUGUUUUAACAUUAGUUAAAAAAGAUCCAUGGAUGUCUUCGAAAGAUGAUGUAACAGCGACAAUAACACAAUGUAUACCAAAUGCAUAUCUUAAAGAAGAAACAAGAAAGGAACUUCAAUAUGUUUUACCAUUAAAAAGUCGUCAUUUAUUUCCUGAAUUUUUUUCAAUACUUGAUUCACGAAAAGAAUCCUUAUCAUUAACAGGUUAUGGUUUACAAGAUGUUUCAUUAGAAGAAGUUUUUCUCAAAGUUACAGAACAAUAUAAAAAAUCACCAAAUGCAGCAGCAGUUGAAGCACAGUAUAAUCAUGAUAAUCCGAGUGAAAGACAUGAGAGUACUACUGAUACACCAGAUUCAACAAUACCUAAAAUAGAACUUUUACAUGAUCGUGUAACUGGAACACGUCUUUAUGCUAAACAAGCUUUAGCAAUAAUAAUCAAACGUUUUAUAUUUAAUUAUCGUAAUAUGCGUGGUUUAGCUACACAAAUUUUGUUACCUGCAUUUUUUAUAACUGUUGCAAUGACUGUGGCAUUAACAGCACCUGGGUUUUCUGAUCCACCUCCCAUCACAUUAUCAACAGCAAUGUUUUCAAAUUUAAAUUUUCUAUAUACACCUGUAUCUGGUUUAAAUAAUUAUAAAUUAAAAAAUAAUUCACAAUUAUUAACAGUUAAUGCAAAUCCAUAUGAUUUAAUUGAAACAAUACGUUAUCCAUCUGGUCUAGGUUCAACAUGUUUACUUAAUAAUCCAUAUAUGAAUCAAACAACGUUAACAUUUGAAAAUUUAACUGGAACAUUAUGUGAAAAAGUUUAUCAACAUGAUUUUCAAUCUUAUAAGAAAUAUGAUAUUAAUUGGAUAGAUAUGGUUAAUAAUAAUCAAUUACAUCUUAAUCGAACAUAUCAAUUAGAAAAUACUUCAAAUAAUACAUAUUAUUCACCUUGUUCUUGUUCAAUAGGUCAAUCAAGAUUUUUAUGCUCAUCAUUUCAUCCACCAAAAUCAUAUCGUUUAAUAACAAAUGAUAGAAUAUUAAAUAUAACAAAAGAAGAAAAUGAAAUUCUCUAUUAUUUAUAUACAACUGAUAAUCAUCAUUUAGAUCGUUAUGGUGGUUUAUCAUUUGGUUUAGCACAAGAUUAUAUACAAGAUAAUUAUCCAAUUAAUAAAGAUAAUCAAUAUUUACAUAAAUUAGCUGUAAAAAAUACGGCAAGAAUAUUUACUAAUCAUAAAGGUUAUCAUAGUUUACCAUUGUAUAUUAAUAUUAUGUCAAAUAUUAUUCUUCGAGCUAAUUUACCAUUAGAAAAAGGUCUACCAUCUGCAUAUGGAAUUACAACUAUUAAUCAUCCAAUGAAUGAAACAAAUAAUAUGUUAUCAACUGAAUUUAUUUUACAAGGAUCUGAUGUUAUUAUAUCAAUAUUUAUUAUAGUAGCUAUGUCAUUUGUACCUGCAUCAUUUACAUUAUUUCUUGUUUAUGAACGUGCAACUAAAUCUAAACAUAUUCAAUAUAUCAAUGGUCUUUAUCCAUUAGUUUAUUGGUUAACAAAUUUUGUUUGGGAUCUAUUGAAUUAUCUUUUACCAGCUACAUGUGUUAUAGUUAUUUUACGUUUAUUUAAUGUUCCAGCUUAUGUUGAAGGAGAAAAUUUUCUUGCUGUUAUAAGUUUAUUUCUUAUGUAUGGUUGGUCAAUUAUACCUGUGAUGUAUCCAUUUAGUUUUCGUUUUACUGAACCAAGUAAUGCAUAUAUAUUUUUAAUUGUUAUUAAUUUAUUUAGUGGUAUUACAUGUAUAUAUACAUCAUUUUUUCUUGAAAUAUUUGCACUUGGUAGUCCAGCAACAUCAACAUUAAGUAUUAUUACAAGAACAAUGAAAAAUAUAUUUAAAAUUUUUCCAAAUUAUUGUUUGGGAAGAGGUUUAAUCGAUAUUGCAUAUAAUGAUUAUUACAAUUCAUUUUAUAAAAAAACUGGUUUAAAUGAUCGUAUUCGUACACCAUUUAUAUGGGAUAUAACUGUAUCAAAUUUAGUUUCAAUGGCUAUAUGUGGUUUAGUAUUUUGGAUAUUAACAUUAUUACUUGAAUAUGGAUUUUUUUAUUCUCCAUCAAUUCCUGAUGCUUUACCAUAUUCACAUUUAGAUGAAGAUGAUGAUGUUGCACAAGCUCGUCGACAGAUACUUAAUAAAACUGUUGAUGAUAACAUAUUAGUUAUGUCAAAUUUAUCAAAAUGUUAUCGUACAAAAAAAUCGAAGAAAUUAAUUGCUGUUAAUAAUAUAUGUAUGGGUAUUCGUGCAGGUGAAUGUUUUGGUUUAUGUGGUGUUAAUGGUGCAGGUAAAACAACAACAUUUCGAAUGUUAACUGGUGAUCUACGUCCAACAGCUGGCUAUUCAUAUGUACAUGGUUAUGAUAGUAUUAAACAAAAACAACAAGUUUUUAAAUAUAUUGGAUAUUGUCCACAAUUUGAUGCACUUUUUGAUGAAUUAACACCUGUUGAACAUAUGCUGUUAAUGGCACGUUUAAGAGGAAUACAUUGGCAAGAUGAAAAUCAACAUGUACAACAAUUAUUAAAACGUUUAGAUUUAUGUGAAUAUUUAAAUAUACCUGUCGGAAAAUUAUCAUUAGGAAAUCGAAGAAAAUUAUCUACAGCUAUGGCACUUGUUGGUGAUCCUUCAAUUGCAUUUCUAGAUGAACCAACAAGUGGAAUGGAUCCAUCAUCAAGAAGAUUUCUAUGGAAUGUUAUUAGACGUUUAGUUAAAGAAGGAAAAUCAGUUAUACUUACUUCACACAGUAUGGAAGAAUGUGAAGUACUUUGUUCAUCAAUAGCCAUAAUGGUAAAUGGUACUUUUCGUUGUCUUGGUUCAAAUCAACAUUUAAAAAAUCGUUUUGGUGAUGGUUAUACAAUAAAAAUUCGUUUAAAAUCUUCAAUAAAUUCAACAACUGAUCAAUCAAUUGUUGAUUGUUUUUCAUCGAAUUAUAUUCUAAAAGAACGUCAUGUAAAUGUUUUACAAUAUGAAAUAGCUGAACAAUAUGUUUCAUUAAAAGAUAUUUUUUCUAAACUUGAAAAUUUAUUAAUUGAUCAACGUAUAAAUGAUUAUAGUGUAUCUCAAAAUACACUUGAUAAUGUAUUUGUUAAUUUUGUACGUGAUCAAUGUGAUACAUUACAACGAACAAAUAAAAAAUCAAAACGAAGACAAGACCAUUUCAAUGAUAUUCUCGAUGAUACAUUUGACGAUGGAUCAUUUGUUGUAACAAAAUCAACAAGAAAUAAUAACAAUAAUAAUAAUGAUCGACAGCGGAUAAUCGAUUAUAUCGAACUUGAAUGUUAA